AUGGUGGAUCCCCUCGAUCAAAGACAUCUACUCCGGAUUCCGAUUGGCGGACCGCAACUCUAUAGAACUUACAGUGGAGAAUACCGCAGCGUAGCCCCUGGCCAGUUGUACUACCUUGUGUCCCACAAGCCUACCAUACGGCUCCAUAUACCGCCUUUCAACGAGGACAAUGACGACUCAGACUCCGAAGUCGAUUGUGACGAGCCGCCACAACCUUACAAACGCCGUAGCGUCCGACGUGGGAGCAGGGCGCCCUCUCCCGAUGUUAGCACUGAGGACCUUGACUCGCAACCAGGUGCUGGCCACGUUCUCAUCAAGGGCCAUGCCGAGCUCGACAUCGUCAGCUCCUAUCACUACAACGGCCACCACAAUAAUACCAUUGAUGGCCCUGUGGAUGGUACGGAGGUCAUCCACUUCUACCGCUGCCCUGGCGACUACGGGGAAAAGGGCACAUGGGUCGAGAAAAAUGUUCGUUGGCCCGAGCUAGUGGCCGUCUCCGGGGGUCGUUACAGGACCCGCGCUAUCAUGGAGCAAAUGGAGGCCCGCAUCCUCAUCUUGUAUGAGGACAGCCGGCACGAAAACCAGCUGGUUGUUGACAGCGACAGAAAGCCCUGCUUUCCACCUUGCGAUGAGAACGAUCUGUGGGCCCGCGUCUACCUCGCCAAGCUCAGACAGCCUGCCAUAGCCCGGUCCAUAGAGUAUGCCUGGAACAUGAUUGUACGCAAGGACGCGUGUGGGACGUCACGCGCUGUGGCCAAAUUCGCUACUGCCCUGCGUGCCAUAACUUUUGGCACGCAGGGUGUCUCGGCAAGCCGAUGA